UUUAGCUCGGCGUCAUAAAUAAUGGCCCCAUAAAUGCUUUAAACUUUGUUUCAUCCAGCCACACGGUGUUCUCAGUCAGUGGUCACAAGCUUUGGAGAUUUUAUGAAUUUAUGCCAUCCUAAUAAAGAUAACUGGCUUCAGGUGUGAUUGGAGAACUAUAACACAUCAGUCACUGAGCUGACCUUCUAGAAGGUUGCAGGGGCCGAUCUCCAGCUUGAAAGUUGACCAUGGAGUGGACAAGAGUGGCCCUUGCUGCUCUGUUUCUGCUGGGGAUUCUGGGAUCCUCGGGAGCCAAGGUUGAGGAGGAGAACCCAGAGUUCUGGAGGUCAAAGGCCAGGCAGACUUUACAAUCAGUACUGGACAGGAAGCUGAACACCAAUGUCGCCAAGAACAUCAUGCUAUUCCUUGGGGAUGGAAUGGGAUUAACAACCUACACUGCAGCCCGCAUCCUCAAGGGACAGCUGCAGAACCAGCCUGGAGAAGAGACAGUGAUGGCCAUGGAUACCUUUCCACACGUGGGGCUGGCUAAGACCUACAGCGUAGACUUCCAGAUUCCAGACAGCGCAGCCACGGCCACCGCGUAUUUGUGUGGAGUAAAAACGAACCUGAACACCAUUGGAGUCAGUGCAGCAGCUCGCAACGGGGUCUGCAGAACUCAGAAGGGGAAUGAGGUCACCUCCAUCAUGAAGUGGGCCAAAGAUGCCGGUAAGUCCGUUGGCAUUGUAACGACCACGCGGGUGCAGCAUGCCACCCCAGCAACCACCUACGCCCACAGUGCCAGCAGGAAGUGGUACAGCGACGCAGACAUGCCUGCUGCAGCUAAGGAGGACAACUGCACUGACAUAGCAUCCCAGCUGAUCAGAAACAUAGACAUCGAUGUGAUCAUUGGGGGAGGCAGAAAGUACAUGACACCUAGGUACACCAAAGACCCAGAGUACCCCUGGGAUCUGUCUUCCUGGGGGAAAAGAAGAGAUGGACGAAACCUAAUCCAGGAGUGGCAGAGCAUGAAAACAGGAAAGGUAGCUCACUAUGUAUGGAAUAAAACCGAUUUUGAUGCUGUUGACCCUGAAGCCACAGACUACCUCAUGGCUCUGUUUGAACCCGGGGAUCUGCGCUAUGAGGUAGAUAGGGACCCAAGCAAGGACCCGUCCAUUGUUGAAACCACAGAAAAGGCCAUCCGGAUCCUGCAGAAAAACCCAAAAGGUUUCUUCCUGCUAGUGGAGGGCGGUAGAAUCGACCAGGCCCACCACGCAGGCCGGGCUUACAUGGCCCUCCAUGAGGCCGUUGCUUUCGAUGACGCCGUCGCCAAGGGCCUCGAACUCACCAGAGAGGAGGAAACUCUCACUAUAGCGACGGCCGACCACUCCCACCCUAUCACCUUCAACGGAUUCCCCUUUCGAGGGCAGAGCAUUCUGAGUAAAUCUCCUUUGUGGGGUACAGACUUUUUACCUUACACCACGCUGAUGUACGGCAACGGACCUGGUCACAAAAUCAUUGAUGGCAAGCGCCCUGACAUCCGCAAUGUCACCACCAAGGAUAAAGACUACGUCCAGCUUUCUGCCGCCCCUGCAAAGUCGACCACCCACAGCGGGGAGGAUGUGGCAGUGCUGGCCCGCGGACCCAUGGCUCACCUCUUCAGCGGGGUCCAUGAGCAAAAUUACAUAGCCCAUGCUAUGGGCUACGCUGCCUGCGUGGGUUCCGACCUGAGGCACUGCCAGGGGGAGGCCAGACCGCCUGUGGACCCCAUCAACAGGUCUGGGGCUGUUCAGGUUUCAGCAGCUCUGUUCAGCAGCCUCAUCAGUUUGCUGCUGGCCUUAACCGUGCUCAUGUAAGACCCCCCUUAUGUAAGACCCUCUCCCACUGAGGGAGGCCUUAGAGGUCAGAAUGGGCACGGAGUGAGUGACUUGCUCAUGGUCAGGAUGGCCACCAUUGUAGCUUCAGGAUCUGUUGCCGCCGGCAAAGCGUCUUGAUAAGAGAGACUGAAUGGCUACAGUUUGCUUUGUUAAUUCAUCUGGUGCAAAAGUUGGGAGCUUUCAGGGUCUCUGUUUUUCACUAAUAAAAUCAACCAUGAUUAAUGA